AUGAACGUGGCCCAACCCUCGAAUCGGCAUAUCAACUGCUCCUUGCAGAAGUGGCUUGACGCGGAAUUACAAUCCAACACCAACUCAGGUACCUCUGGCAAGCCGAAUUCCGAAGACAGUGAAGAACAGCGGUGUGCAAGUUCACCCACAACUACGAGUUCAUCGAUGGAAGUGCCAAACCCCAGUAGCACUUCCUCACCUUUGUCCCAUAAGGAAUCCUUACUGAAAGUCGCUGAAGGUGGAACCAAGUCCUAUGCAAUGGAAGACCUUUUGCGAAGCGAUGCGGCGUCAGUGGCAGAGGCUAUUAGACAACAAAAUCGAGAACAAACAACACCCAUUCAAAAAAUGGUGUUAGAAGAAACAACGGAUAGUGGAAGAAAAAAAAGGCCAAACGAGGAAUUUUUAGACGAAUUAAGUCGAACCGCAGCAGAUGCACUUACACGGGCUCUGAGCAAAAAGGCAAAGUUAGCUGAGAAAGGACUUGAAGAUGAGCUGAAGGGUCUUGUCCGAGAGGCCUUGGAGACUAGUUUGAAUCACAUUAGUGGCAGUCGUUCGUCGUUAGACUUCGACACAGAUGAAGGCCAACGGCAGCAACAACAAACGAAACAAGGUCCGGAGCAAAUGGCAGAGGAGAGUUUUGAAGAGGGAGUUGUUAAACAGCCACAAAAAACCCCGGGACCUCUUAAAUUUUCCCCCUACGUGCCCUCACCGACGGAGAUAAUGGAAGCCUUUAGUACCAACGUACCGGAAGGAUUCAGUCAGUCAUUUUCCACUUAUUAUGAGGCGUUAUGUCGGAUGUUUCAAUCACAAGGUACCACCCCCCCGUGUGCAUUCCCUACUCCCUUCCGGCCUCACAAGUUCUCGGAACAAAAUUCACCUUCUAAAGCAGACAGCUCUAAGAUGGAAGUAUGCAGCAUGGAUUUCCAGAAGGUAACAUCAAAUCCUCUCCCAAUGCCCGAGCAACUCAAUCAGACAGAGGCGCUGGCCUUAGUUGUAAAUCGCAACCGAGGUAGCAGUGGAUCUCCAGCUUACGAUCACCAGCAAGAAAAUUUCCAACCCUAUGAUAGCCCAAUGACGGCCUGUAUUCCCCGCAAGAAAAGGACGAAAGUUACUGACACUCGAUUAGUUCCCCCGAAAUUAGCUCCACAACUGCCACUCCCAUCCAUGGAGGGAGGGAGUCCUUUUUUACUAUCGGAACUUUCACGCUCCAAGAUUGGAGGAACUCUGUCUCAUAUGGCAUCUCCACCACCAUUACCAGCUAACAUUGAUCCUGCCUUAAUGAACGACAUUCUUAAGACCCUUUCCAUGGCAAACGGUCACAACCACCCUUCCUGCUCCAUUUCUUCUACUCGAGGUUCCCUCUCAAUACCGUGUAGCAGGCUACCGCAAAUGGACUUAAUGGGAAACCUACUUCCUCCUCCUCCACCUCCGCAACCACCACCACCGCCACCACCACCGCCGCAUCAUCAUCAUCACCACCACCAUCCUAACGAAUUCUGUUACGACAUACCAAAUACCACCUCAGUGAUGGAAUCCAAUCCGAUUCGAAGGAGCAGGUCGAUAGGUGGAAAGCGAGUGACAAACACAUCAUCGACUUCAAAUUAUGGAUGUGAUGGAAGAGCCUUUUUAUCGUCGGGUUCCACUUCAGACGAGGCAGCUCCUUCACUUCAUCCUGGCCCUCUAAGUGGCAUCAUUCCAUCCACAAGUACUCUCACUCCGAUCCACCUCAGAAAAGCCAAGCUCAUGUUCUUCUACACCCGAUAUCCCAACUCAAAUACCCUGAAGGCCUACUUCUGUGAUGUCAAAUUCCAAAAGAACAACACUGCUCAGUUGGUGAAGUGGUUCAGCAACUUUCGCGAAUUCUAUUACAUACAAAUGGAGAAAUACGCUCGUGUGGCGAUAACCGAGGGCGUUCGCAAUCCCAACGAUCUGACAGUUACCACCAACUCCGAGCUCUACCGCACCUUGGCCUUGCACUACAAUCGCAAUAACCAAAUCGAGAUUCCGGAGUACUUCCGUGUGGUGGUUGAGACAACUAUACGUGAAUUCUUCGUUGCCCUCAAGGCGGGGAAGGACGCUGAGCAGUCCUGGAAGAAGCCAAUCUAUAAGAUCAUCGCAAGAAUGGAUCAAACUGUGCCGGAAUACUUUAAAGACCCCACCUGGAUGGCUCAGUUGGCGGACGGAUGA